AACACAAACGCUAUAACGAAAUUUUACGCUUGGUAGUUGUGUUGUUGAAAUUAGAAACAUUAAACAAUGUUAAUGCUAUCAGGACAAAUAGCUUUGAUGAUGUUCACUAGGUAACGUAAAAUAUAAAGUGGGUACCGGAUGAAAGUUCUUAUUAUUUGGUUGGAGGUUCUGGGUAAAGUAGAAGCCAAGAGGGUGUUGUUAAGUCCCAGGACUGCUCGGUCGAACAGAGUUUAUGUUCAAAAGCGUUUCAGCUGUUACUGUCACGUUUCCAUAUAGCAGGGCUUUACUAAUGAAAUUGUCUUCUUUUCACUACUAUUUCUAGCAUGUCAGACGGAUAUCAGUGACAUUUAUUAAUAUAAAUAGCUGUUUAUAUCUAACUCCACCCAUCUGUAGUGAGCAGAUACAGAAUACCUCAGCUAUAACAUUGUAAAAACAUAAUUGAUAUAUACUUAAUGUCCAUAUUAAUAAUAAAGCAAAUAUUGAUCUGUAUUAUCACAUUAAUUCGUUGCACUUGCAUUAUGACAACAAAACACUGUCGUUACGCAUAACAAACACUUUAACGGUAUGUUACGCUUGGUUAGUCAAUGGGAAAAAUACAGACCAGUCAGAUUAUUCACUAAUCGAACUUAUUGAUUGAUUAAUUACUAUCAGUGGAGAUAACACAGUCUUGAAUUAAUUUUUAACUGAAAACGAAAAGUAAUUAAUUAAUUAUCAUCGAUGUAUAUAUUUCAUAAUAUUCAGUCUGUUUAUAAUUAGAGCGAGGUGAUUGGGUUUAUUGCUUUGUAAAAAAAAUUGGCUUCUUUGUGUUAUUUAUUCGUUUCCUUUUACUUAUCUACGCACACAAAUAAUAUAUUAAUUAAAAUGGAUUGCCACCAAUUAACGAUAUCAGUUGUGCUGGAAACGAAGAGGUCCAAUUAACCUUUUGCGUCGUCCGCAGACGAACAUUAUCGGCCACUUGUCUGCAGAAUUUCUUCUCCCGCGUUACUCAACCAGUUUGUCAACAAAUUUAGUUUUGAAUUUGUAUUUCAUAAUAUUUCAGUCUCUGUUAAGAAAUAGAAAAGGGUUAUUUGAAUUUCUGCGCUUUUUGACCUUCGUUGGCUUCUUCGUGUUACUAAUUUUCUGAAAACUUUAUCUCCACGCACACACACACGAAUAAUAUGAAUUUUCGAUAUCAACUAAAAGCGAUUGCAUCAAAUUAACGAUGUAAACUGUGAUGAAAUGAAAUACUUAAUUAUCAAGGUGAUGAAAAAAACAAAACAAAAUUGAUGGGUUCGCAGACAUACAUUCCGACACUCAUCGCAUAUAUAUCUAAGAAACGAAACUUGAAAUUUUGAAAAAAAUGUGCGCCAAUAGUUUGUGGUAGCCGGAUGCCCUGUAUCAACUUGUGGUCAGUGAACACCAAUUUUACUAGAAUAUGAGCUACCAAUCCUGAACAUUGUUAUAAUUUUACAACUAACAUAACAUCCGUUAACCAUAUCCAUAUUUCUUAAUGUACAAACAGAAGACUUUCUGUCUACAACAAAAUGUGUGUCCGUUUGAGAGAACCAGGCCAUCAACAAACAUCCUAGCAGUGAGUUGAAAGUUUACAUAUGUUACAUGUGUUCCACACUUGUCAAUGGAUGUCUGUGAUAGCUAAGACAAGAAACUGAACCAUAUCAGAUUAACUUACAGAUAUUUCUCAGCUUCCCCAGUGAUUGAUAUGGAAAAUGUUAAUCACUUGGAUACUUCUAAUACAACUAUUUUUAACAAUAUAGAUACAGUUAGAGAGACAGACAGAAAUGAGAAAGCUGUACAUAGUGAAACAUUUAUCAAACAAGAGCCAUUGUACAGAGAUAUUCCUGAAUUUAGCUGAGAGAUUUGUAAGGAAACUUUCUCUUCAGAACAAGAAGUUUUAACGCACAAAGAAAUGCAUUCUGGAGAAAAACAGUUUCAAUGUAGAAUAUGUGGGAAAUCUUUCAGCCAAAAUUCUCAUCUUGUUAUCCACAUACGUAGUCACACUGGAGAAAAACCGUUUCACUGUGAAAUAUGUGGGAAAUCCUUCACUGAUAAUUCUAAUCUUGUCGUUCACAAACGAAUCCACACUGGGGAAAGACCAUUCCGUUGUGAAAUUUGUGGGAAAUCCUUCAGUAAUAAUUCCCAUCUUGCAGUUCAUGUGCAAAUACAUACAGGUGAGAAACCAUUUUACUGUGAUAUAUGUGGCAAAUCAUUUAUUACUAACAGUCACCUAAAAAGACAUAAACAGAUACACGGAGGAGAUAAACUGCAUCGAUGUGAAGUGUGUGGGAAGACGUAUAGUGAUAAUUCACAAUUGAUAAUUCACACACGUAGUCACACUGGAGAAAAGCCAUAUCAUUGUGAUAUAUGUGAGAAAUCUUUUGGUAAAAAGAGUAAUUUAACAGAGCAUGAAAGAAUUCAUUCGGGUGACAACCCAUUUCACUGUGAAAUUUGUGGCAAAUCUUUCACUCAGAAUUCCCAUCUUGUAGUUCAUGAAAGAAUCCACACUGGAGAAAAACCUUAUCAGUGUGAAAUCUGUGGGAAGGCUUUUGUCUCUAAAAGUGAUCUAAACAGACAUAAGAAAAGACAUACAGGACAAAAGCCAUUCAAAUGUGAAAUAUGUGAUAAAUAUUUUGUCUGUAAUCGUUAUUUAACAAAACACAGAAGAAUUCAUACUGGAGAAAAUAUCUUUCAUUGUGAAAUAUGUGAGAAAUCAUUUAUCACUGAGAGUCUUUUAAGAAGACACAAACAAAUACACUCUGGAGGGAAAUCUGUUAAAGAGGAGACUUGAAAAAUGUUUCUCUGGCUAAUCUAAAUUUAUCGUCCACUAACAUGUAGACAUUGAAGGACAUUUGUUAUGGCUAAAUAAGUUGGAAAUCAUUCUACUUGAUUUCUCAUCUGUUGUCUGGAAAUCUCUCAUUUAACGUCCAUUGUCCCUUGUUAGCAUGAGUUGGAUGGCUUGGCCAUAGCUGGAGAGCUGCACCAGGCUCCAGUCUUUCACUAAGUUAUCUGGGAAACCCUUAUUUCUCAAUGAGAAACUUGCAGUUGAUAUAUUAAUAAACGAGGCCAAGAAAGACUUUUCUGUAGUUUCUUGCUGAACAAUCCAUGGAGACGAUCUGUUUAUAGUGAUCAAAUGUUUGUGCUGUACAUUAGCUCACAAAUCGAGGUCUGAUGCAUGGGGUGUCACAUCUCAGAUGUUGAAAUGAUCACAGAGCAGCAUAAGAUGAAGUGUUUUGCUGCAUGAAAAGUGAGAAUUUCUGUAGUUGCUCGACCUGCUGGAAAUAACCGCCAAAUCUUCUUCAAUGUCACAUGCUAACAUUUGAUGGUACCUUUUGGUUAUCUCACCCCCAUUAAAACAUUGGGUUGUCUCCGCAAGUUUUAUGAGAAAUAUCGGUACUUUUGGUUGUCUCCCACAUCUUAAAAAAUUGUUUAACCCUCAAUAAACCAAAAGUGAAAAGAUGAAACAUCUUAUUGAAUCUGAUAACAUUUUUAUAACAGAUUAUAUAAAACUGAAAAGAUUAAUGAACAUGAAAACUGAAAAAAAUUAAUAAACACAAAAAUUGAAAAAUUAAACAUCUUAUUGAAUCUGAUAAUAUUUUUAUAACAAAUCAUACCAUUCCUUUUGAAGAGACCAAACGUCAACAAAGUGUUGAAGUACUGAAUCAAAAGGCUCUAACUCUUUUCAUCCAAUCUCUUGUCACAUAAACUCAAUUUUUUAGUGGGGAGAUAACCCAGUUUUUUUAAAGGCAAUUUUUUAAUGGGGGUGAGAACCAAAAUGUACCCAUUUGGUAAACAAGAGGACAUUGGAUAAGACAGUAAAAAUAUACUCUAUAAAAGAACUUUGUUUAUCUCACUCACCUCUCUCUCUCUUUCUCUAUUUUUUUUUACUCCUCCCUAUUUUUGUUAUUUGCAUCUCAUUCUCUCACUGACCUCCCUCCUCCUCUGUCGUUCCUCCCGUUUUCACACUCUCCCUCCUUGUCUCUCUCUCUCUCAUAUAGCUGUUUAACAACCAACGUUUAUCACAUGCAUUUACAAGAUGGUGUUAAUAACCAUAUUGCAAGGUCAGAGAUUGGAGAGCUCUGUAUUCUCCCUUCCAGUUUUACUACAAGCCCAAGAUACAUGCACAAGAUGCUAUGACUUAUGUAUUUAAUUAUGGGCAUCCUGAUCUUUCAUCACUUUCACUUACAAUCCUAAACUGGACGAAAUCUAAGCAGAGCUUUUUCCUGGGCUGUUCUACACUAAUAGACAUGAUCUAAUUGCAAAACUGUGAUUUAAGGUAGUGCUUCUCAAGCUAUCUGAUGUGGUGUACCAGCAGUUUUUUUUCCAAUGUGCCAGAGACCGGUAAUAUUUCUUAGUAAUAUUAAUUUAUACUGCAAACAAUAUAUAUAAUGAAUACAAUAAAAGUUGACAAUUUUUUUAUCUCGUAUUUAUUUUGUAAACAAAUAUUACAUAAUCACUUUAUAAUGUUUCUUACUUUUCUGGAAACAUGCUGUGUACUGGCAGCUGAUGGCUUGUGGACUGGCGCUGGCUAAGGGAUCCAGUGUAGGGCACUGCCCAAGGACUUAUAACAGACGAACUGUACACAGGAACUUCACUGCGGGCUCGCUAAUGAGCUGGUCUGCAGUGAAGGGAUUUCCAAUUAGGUGGGACUUCUAUGAAGCACAUGUCAGCCCCCACGGUGUAUAACCAAACGUAACAAAAUAAAUUCUACAUCAACACACUCUCAUUCUCCGUUGAUUUUAUCGUGUAUAGCUUAAUAACUAAGCUAUGAGUGGUGACCUCACAGAACGACAACACUCUAAGUGGUGACAACAGAGUAACACAUUGAAGAUACUGAUGAAAUAUACAACACAAUAUUAAUUUUUUUGCAUAUUUAAAAAAUAUUCUAAAGUGAAAAUGACUUUAAAAAUAUGGUAAUUAUUUCUUAAAAGACCUGUUUGUAAUCGCAGUGUGAAAUAGUUUUUUUUUCUGUAGGGUUUUUUUUGAGUGUUUUCAAUGUGUCUCCCUUCCAAAGAUUUGGCUGCUAUUUCUAGCAUGCCCUGCUACCACUUAACAGCUAUUUGUGAUAAAGGACCUGAAAUACUUAUGUGGUAGCAGGGAGUGCAAGAAAUAGCAGCCAUAUCUUUCCUUUUCGGGGGAAAGGAGCUGUUUACACAUGAUUUCAACAUCACAUUCAUUGAAAGCAUGUGAAAUAACCUGGAAAAGAAAAAGAAAAAAAAACCCAGAAAGCAAAAUUCCGUUGCUGGGAAACUGAGUUUCCUGGUGACCCAACAGGUCAUGGGCAGUCUAGUGUAUAUAUAUAUAUAUAUAUAUAUAUGUGUGUGUGUGUGUGUGUGUGUGCUGUGCUUUUUGUACCAUCUAACCCAUCUCUUCUCUCUGUAUUAACAACACUUAUUUGUAUGUAUAUAUUUACUACAUGAAAUUCCUGUGACUAAACAAAAGAUAUGAUGAGUCAAAAGCUGCAGGUCUUUGAAACUGUGCACCAAAACUGAAAUAUACCAGUCAAUUUCUCAACAACAGACUGAAAACACCUGUAGUGUUACAUCAGAGACUUAUAUGGAAAAAAGAUCCUCAAUUAUUCUUUGCAAGAACCCAAGUGUUCCAUGUUGGUCUAAUUGUACAAUGCAGGCAUGUCUGCUGCUUUAAUAUUACUUUACAAAGUAUCAAAUAAAUGUCUCACAUAACUUCUA